AUAGCUCUGCCGCGGCUCUGACAUCCACAUGCUGCUCUGCCUGAAAAGGCAGGGGGGAGCCGGAGGGGAGACAGAGAUCGCGAGCGAGGCACCAGCCUGCAGCCGGCCCCCGGUACAUCCUCAGCCGCGCAGACACUCGGCGAGGUGGAGGUGAGGGCGGGCGCCAGCGAACUCGGAGAGGGGCUCGCUCACUCGCAGGCGAUCUCAGCCGCCGCCGCCCCAGCAGCAGCAACAGCCACAGCAGCUUCCUUCCUCAGACUCCCCUCCAGAGGCUGGCUGGCCAAGCGGGUGUAGCCGUUGGGGAAGGCUCCCGCUAGGGGAACCCGGCGAGGAGAAGAGCAAGGCGGCCGCCUCCCACUCGGGCUAUCCGGCGGCGGCUGCCUCCGCCCGCAUGUCCGUCCGGGGUACCGGGGGAUGUGUGUCAGUUUACGCCUCUGAGACCACACAGCUGCCUGGGGGCCGUGUGAUGCCCACGGCAAGUCUUGGCUUUAAUUAUUAUUAUUAUUAUCAUUAUUAUUACGCCUGGCUUUCGGGAAAUACUCGUGAUAUUGUAGGAUAAAGGAAAUGACACUUUGAGGAACUGGAGAGAACAUACAUGCGUUUUGUUUUUGAGAGGAAACCCGUGUCCUUUUCCCGGCUUGUGCCCUCUUUGCUGAUUUCAGGGGCUACUCUCCCUCCUCCUGGUGAGGUGGAAAUUCCAGCAAGAAUAAAGGUGAAGACAAGCCAGCAGGACUCAGGAGGGAAACACUGACCAUUAGAAACCUCUGCAUAAGACGUUGUAAGGAAGAAAAUAAGAGAGAGAGAAACACAAAGAUUUAAACAAGAAACCUACGAACCCAGCUCUGGAGAGAGUGACCUUCUCCAAAAUGGAUAUGUGUCCUCUCACCUGGGUUUUCUUAGCCCUCUACUUUUCAAGACACCAAGUGAGAGGCCAAUCAGACCCACCGUGCGGAGGCCGUUUGAAUUCCAAAGUUGCUGGCUACAUCACCUCUCCUGGUUACCCCCAGGACUACCCCUCCCACCAGAACUGCGAGUGGAUUGUUUACGCCCCCGACCCCAACCAGAAGAUUGUCCUCAACUUCAACCCUCACUUUGAAAUCGAGAAGCAUGACUGCAAGUAUGACUUUAUCGAGAUUCGGGAUGGGGAUAGCGAAUCCGCAGACCUCCUGGGCAAACACUGUGGGAACAUCGCCCCACCCACCAUCAUCUCCUCGGGCUCCAUGCUCUACAUCAAGUUCACCUCUGACUACGCCCGGCAGGGGGCAGGCUUCUCUCUGCGCUAUGAGAUCUUCAAGACAGGCUCUGAAGAUUGCUCAAAAAACUUCACAAGCCCCAACGGGACCAUCGAAUCCCCUGGGUUUCCUGACAAGUAUCCACACAACGUGGACUGCACCUUUACCAUCCUGGCCAAACCCAAGAUGGAGAUCAUCCUGCAGUUCCUGCUCUUUGACCUGGAGCAUGACCCUUUGCAGGUGGGAGAGGGGGACUGCAAGUACGACUGGCUGGACAUCUGGGAUGGCAUUCCACAUGUUGGCCCCCUGAUUGGCAAGUACUGUGGGGCCAAAAUACCCUCUGAACUUCGUUCAUCGACGGGGAUCCUCUCCCUGACCUUUCACACGGACAUGGCGGUGGCCAGGGAUGGCUUCUCUGCGCGUUACUACCUGGUCCAUCAAGAGCCACUAGAGAACUUUCAGUGCAAUGUCCCUCUGGGCAUGGAGUCUGGCCGGAUUGCUAAUGAACAGAUCAGUGCCUCAUCUACCUACUCUGAUGGGAGGUGGACCCCUCAACAAAGCCGGCUCCAUGGUAAUGACAAUGGCUGGACCCCCAACUUGGAUUCCAACAAGGAGUAUCUCCAGGUGGACCUGCGCUUUUUAACCAUGCUCACGGCCAUUGCAACACAGGGAGCGAUUUCCAGGGAAACAAAGAAUGGCUACUAUGUCAAAUCCUACAAGCUGGAAGUCAGCACCAAUGGUGAGGACUGGAUGGUGUACCGGCAUGGCAAAAACCACAAGGUAUUUCAAGCUAACAACGAUGCAACUGAGGUGGUUCUGAACAAGCUCCACGCUCCGCUGCUGACAAGGUUUGUUAGGAUCCGCCCUCAGACCUGGCACUCGGGCAUCGCCCUCCGGCUGGAGCUCUUCGGCUGCCGGGUCACAGAUGCCCCCUGCUCCAACAUGCUGGGAAUGCUCUCAGGCCUCAUUGCAGACUCCCAGAUCUCUGCCUCUUCCAUCCACGACUAUCUCUGGAGCCCCAGUGCAGCCCGCCUGGUCAGCAGCCGCUCGGGCUGGUUCCCUCGAGUCCCUCAGGCCCAGCCGGGUGAGGAGUGGCUUCAGGUAGAUCUGGGAACACCCAAGACGGUAAAAGGUGUCAUCAUCCAGGGAGCCCGCGGAGGAGACAGCAUCACCGCAGGGGAAUCCAGGGCGUUUGUACGCAAGUUCAAAGUCUCCUACAGCCUAAACGGCAAUGACUGGGAAUACAUUCAGGACCCCAGGACCCAGCAGCCAAAGCUGUUCGAAGGGAACAUGCACUACGACACCCCUGACAUCCGAAGGUUCGACCCCAUCCCGGCGCAGUAUGUGCGGGUAUACCCGGAGCGGUGGUCGCCGGCGGGGAUUGGGAUGCGACUGGAGGUGCUGGGCUGUGACUGGACAGACUCCAAGCCCACGGUAGAGACACUGGGAUCCACCGUGAAGAGCGAAGAGACAACCACCCCCUAUCCCAUCGAGGAGGAGGCCACGGAUUGUGGGGAGAACUGCAGCUUUGAGGAUGACAAAGAUUUGCAGCUCCCUUCGGGAUUCAACUGCAACUUUGAUUUCCCCGAGGAGCCCUGUGGUUGGAUGUAUGACCAUGCCAAGUGGCUUCGGACCACCUGGGCCAGCAGCUCCAGCCCGAACGACCAGACGUUUCCAGAUGACAGGAAUUUCUUGCGGCUGCAGAGUGACAGCCAGAGAGAGGGCCAGUAUGCGCGGCUCAUCAGCCCCCCAGUCCACCUGCCCCAGAGCCCGGUGUGCAUGGAGUUCCAGUACCAGGCCACGGGCGGCCGCGGGGUGGCGCUGCAGGUGGUGCGGGAAGCCAGCCAGGAGAGCAAGCUGCUGUGGGUCAUCCGCGAGGACCAGGGCGGCGAGUGGAAGCACGGGAGGAUCAUCCUGCCCAGCUACGACAUGGAGUACCAGAUUGUGUUCGAGGGAGUGAUAGGGAAAGGACGAUCAGGAGAGAUUGCCAUUGAUGACAUUCGGAUAAGCACUGAUGUCCCACUGGAGAGCUGCAUGGAGCCCAUCUCAGCUUUUGCAGGGGGCACCCUCCUGCCAGGGACCGAGCCCACAGUGGACACGGUGCCCGUGCAGCCCAUCCCAGCCUACUGGUAUUACGUAAUGGCCGCCGGGGGCGCCGUGCUGGUGCUGGUCUCCGUCGCGCUUGCCCUGGUGCUCCACUACCACCGGUUCCGCUAUGCGGCCAAGAAGACCGAUCACUCCAUCACCUACAAAUCCUCCCACUACACCAACGGGGCCCCUCUCGCGGUGGAGCCCACCCUAACCAUUAAGCUAGAGCAAGACCGUGGUGGCUCGCCCUGCUGAGGGCCGAAGCAAGAACAGCACCCAAAACAAACAAGAAAGACUGCAAACACGUUGCCUCGAUUUUGCACUUUUUUCUCCUCGCCUAGUCUCUGUGUGAACUCUCAGACAUCUCUCGCGCGUCCCCAACCCUGAGCACUCUUAUCAAUCCCAACCAUCCUCCUUGGGUUCAUUUUGGUUUCUGGUUUUUCCUUUUUGUUGAUUCCAAACCAACAAACCCAACUCUAAUGCUGCAUCUUGGAAUAUCAGAAGAGAUCCACUCCCAAGCACUCCACAACUCAAGGCUCAGCUGGUUUUGUUCCAGAGACUGGUUCACUUGUUUUUUCCCCUUGCCUUAUCCCAUACCUCCUCUCUGUGGGCAGCCUGCCAGGAGACUUGAGGGGAAGCCUGGAUCUGUGUGUAUGUACAUAGUAGACAUGUGCGCGUGUGAAUAGUUCUCUGUGGGUGUGGGGAUGUGUGUGGGGGGCUGGUUGAUUGUGUGUUGGGGGUGGUGAGUGUUCAGAGAGGGCCCCUUUAACUCUUGUGUUACUUCUCCUGCGGUACAUUUUACAAGAAAAUAAUAUGCUGUAUAAGUUUUGUUUACUUGGAGAAGAGAUUGAAGCUUUUUGUUGCCUUAUCUAGCCCUGGCUGGGUUUCUGUUGGCUGCCACUGUCAUCUCCAGGUACCUAAAGAAAUAGAGGCCACAUGGGAUGCCAUGUGGCCUGUCUCAUCCCUACUCCCCAACCCCAACCCACCUGACCCAAGAGGAAGGUUCCCCUAGCACACUCAGACAAGGCUUCCUUGUCUUCUUGUGUCUUUGAAUUGUCAAGAUAGCAGCCACGGGCGCGUGCGGAACCACCUCUCCAGCCCUGAAGCAAGUCUGUCUCAUGUUGCCUUAUAAAAGAGAAGCUCAUAAUGAAUGUUUAGCUUUUAUCAGUUAAGUCCAAUCUUGGAAUAAGUCAUAUGGAAUAACAAGUCUGAGACUGAUGUAGGAAAAGCAGUAGUCUAAGUUGAGAGCAGGAGGAGGUAGACGAGAGAAGGGAGAAGGAAGAACUGAAAAGCUGUCUCCCCACCCAGGGUGGUUAUUGGUCCCAACUUGGGAUGGGGUUGAGUAAGAAACUUAGAAACCGUAUACUUUGGUGUUAUAUUGGUCAUUGUUAUAGAGUUGUAAACUAUGGGGGGGGAAGGAUCAUUUGCUUUCCUUUCAUGGUGUUAAUGUGUGCCUGAAUCUAUAGCCACUAAAAUGUAAGGCUGUCUACCUGACUUAUUUAAAUAUGAUGAGAGAAUAGAAAGUGAUCAUUUGUUAAGUAAUCAUUGGUAAUCAAUGUGCUGCCCUUUAAAGCAUUCAUGGCAUCUGGCAAAUAGACCCUCGUAGGCUGGCCCAGCAUAUCCAGAUGUUGCUGCAUCAUCACAGAGAAGGUCUAAUGAAGACGUAACCGUUGCUGCUCAUGUGCCCUCUCUAAGCAACAUGAGGAGCGGGAUGUAAGAGAGAAGUUGCUAAUGACACCGUGCAAAAGACGGAUUAAAUAAUAAAGUCAAUUUCAUUGAUAGAAAAUGCAAAUUUUAAGAUUCUCUGUGUACGAGGACUCAGCCUCAGGAGCAUUUAUUUUUUACCUUCCUGCUAAAAAUCCACUGGGGAGGUAUAAAAUUCACUCCAAAGAAGUUUGCCUGGGCCAGAAGCCUCCAGGUUCCUUCUGCAAACAAAAUACUAAUGAUUUUUUUUUUUUUUUUUUUUUGGCUACUUGGGAGAGAGACUUUCAGCAUUCUUUCACGAUAUUCAGAUAGGUCCCUCCAGCGCACACACACAACUUUCGCAUCUGGUUCGUUUCAUCCUCCUGAAAGAACAGUGCUCUCCCACUCUUAUUCUAUUUCAAAGAGCUACUCUGUCAACCACAGCAGCCCUGCCAAGAAAAGACAAGAUGAAAGGCUAGAGCAUGUGCUACCUUGAGAUUUCAAGAAGUGUCCUACCUCAGCUGAAGACGGAGAAAGAAACAGGGAGGGCAAAGGGGAUCAGAAGCCCAGGGUACCAUGUAAUGACUAAUAUGCCAGUCACGAAGGGCUUUUAUCUCGGCUGUCCACAUCCAGUCAUGCGUUUGGGGCCAGGCAUUCCCGCAAAAUGAUUGACAUUCCUGUAGGUGCCCCACAGAGGUGUGGUGUCAAGAAAUUACACCUGGAAAAUCCAGCCAGUGUAGUGACCGGCUGAGUUACCAUAUACCCUGGGUAUUCCCCUGUCUGUAAAAGAAGAUGACUACAACCUUGUGAACUUGCUGUAUCUUUAUCUGAUGCCCCAAGUGGCAUCAUCUUUAUGUACAUGCCUUAGUUGAGAAUAUGAGACGGCUCUAAUCUUUGUGACUCCCUUCACACUUCGGCUGAGGAUGUCACAUUCUCUGUCUCUCCCCAGCCCACAACCUCUGCCCUUGAUCUGUCUACUCCAGCAAUUUUCAUAGUGUUAUCCAGGUACUAUACCAAAAGGUCAGCUCUUCUGUAAAAUGCCAUGCUUCGCAGCUUUAAAAAGCAAAAUUCUGUAUUUCAUGGAGGGAGGGAAGGGUCACUCUCUUCUAGGAAAAAUAGACUGGAAAGGCAAAUGCAUGCAUGCAUGUGUUUGGAGUUGCUCUCAGAAGACAGAGAUGAUAGCAACUAUAAAAAAUGAAUGAAUGAAUGAAUGAGUUGAAGGCCUAGCUUGGGCUGAUAAAGUUUUUGCCUUAGUAGAGGUUUUAUGUCAACACCUUCAGGAGGAAAGCCCUCAUCCCUGGGUUGAAAUCCCCUUCCUCGGCAUUAUGCUAGCGAAUUGCCAUCACCUAGUCGCUGGCAAAGGGAGAAAAAGAAAACAAAAAAAUCAGCAUUGUCAUUGAUAAACUGGAUGCUGAAGAUAAAGUAAAAUUGUCUUUUCCCUUGUCCCACAUUUUUGGGAUUAAAGCCAGAAUUGAAUAGGAAAUACAGUAAUAUUUCUGAGGUUGAUAGCCUAUCUUUAAGAAGACCCUGUCUUUAAAAUGAAACUAGCAGGCAAACACCUAAAUAAUCAAAAAUUACCAAAGAACAACAAUGAAACAAGAAAACCUAAAGGUUUUUACUUCCUAUUCCUGUUCCUCUCCUUAUUACUGUGACACCCCUUGCGUUGCUCAGUUGCCUGUGUGUCAAGAUAACUCGUGGACGUUGGAAAUUAUUUGAAAAUGUAUUGUGUGGAAUGUAAUAAAAUGAUGAUAUUUUUAUACAAACAUCUGGGGUUUUUUUUCCCUUUGCCUGUGAGAACAAAGUUGAAAUGUAGGCUUUGAGCAAACCGAUGCUUCCAAAGUUUACACAUCACCUUCAGGGCAUUUCUGUGGGUGGUAGGUGGGUUUUCUCCUUGAGGCUGAAUGCCAACUUUUCCUUCUUUUUAUUUUUAUUACUGCUUGUUAGGAUUUUAUCCAAUUUGUGCAGCUGAGACAACUUUUAUGAUUGGUGUGGGAUUUUGCAAAAGUUGCUAAGUGCUAAAUUGCUAAAUGAGAUUCCACAAAAUUUCUCUUGAUGACAAAUCCCUGGAGAUUAGAUUCUACUUUCAAAGGGCUCCGAGGGAGUGGUACCAGCUAAGCUGAAUCCUGUGCUCAGCUCUGUGGAGACAGAUCACUUCCUUUGAAGAAGCAGCAGUGACAUCUUACCCCUCACCUACCCAAUUACUACAUCCACAGGGACGUGAAUCUCCCAUUUACCAGCGCUUUCCCAGACAAAAGGGAACUUGUAGCAUGUUCAGAGCUGAAAGAUAUUCUAGCCUUUAUUUUUGAACAGGUAAUGAAGAUAAUUAGAUGAUGACUGUGGACAUAGAACUAUCAGAGUGGAACAUUUUAUAAAAGGAACACUGUAAAACUUUGAGUCGAGGUGCUUGGGGAAACUCACUCAAAAAGUCAUGUCUUUCUUGAUAAGUAUUUUUCUUUGGCCUCUUUGGAUAGUGACCUAGUUAUAUAAAAUAUUUCUAUCAGAGGGGGACUGGGUUGAGCAAGGUGGGGGAAAAUCUAGGAAAGACAACCUCCCAGCAGUUCAUGGUUUCUAGGCAGUGGUCAAAAAGAGGUCACAGUAAUCCUAUUUGCAGAUAGGAUUUCCCACCACCCCCACUCAUGGGAUGUAUCGGAGGUCUUCUGACAACCUGGGAGCCCUCCUCAGGGGUCCGAGAACCAUCCUUAAAGGUCCUGAGAAAAUGUGCAUGUUCAGAAGAUCCUAUUUCUGCCAGAGCCCUGCUUUUCUUCCUAUCCAAACCUAGAUUCAGGAAGGAGUGCUUUUUACAGCUGUAAAACCUGUCCAAGUGCUGCUAACAGGAGACAGGCUUUCAGUUUUUAGAUCUUAUUGAAAGUUCUGUUAGUACAGAUGGUUCAGUAUAGAUGUCACUAUCUGUCCUUUGCAGGAGUGCAGGAGAAUAAAGUAGAAUGUGAUCAGAGCAUUUUUUGUUUCCCCAAUGACAAGCUCAAUUACCCCUUUUGUGUAAAUAACAUUUGGCUUUCCUUAACGCCAUUUGUUCCCAUUAGUAAAGAAUGAAGUGAAAACAAAAGUGUUUUGUUCAAAAGUGUUUACUUCAAACAACACGACCCAGGCUCAGUCAACAUUUCCUUGAGCUGACCUGGGACCCAGCUUGCCAGACUGAGCUAUGUUAGUCCUCACCUAUGCUUCAUUAGCAUUACUGUUUUGGAGCCACCUCUGGGAAUUUUCCCACCUUGGUUCUAGUCCCAAUACUUAUUUUAAGGGUACUGACUCCCCCUAAAAGGGCAAGACCGUUAGGACUCCAGUCUUAGAUGUCAAACACGACACUGUUACCGCCGAAGACUCCUCAGCGUGGCAGUUCGUAGGUAGCCCAAGUAUAAAUGUUCAGAAAUUGUUUCCAUGGAUCGUAAAUACCAGAUGUCAAGGCCUAGGCUGGUCUGUUUCUGCUCCUACCUGGUCCUUUAUGAUGGUUUAAGUGUGUGUUCUUGCUUCACCCACUGCCCUCCUAGCUUAGAUAAUCAAAGCCCAGCCAAGCUGAUGUAGCUCGGUGUUUGCUUUCCUUGCCCCUCUUCACUGCCUCGGCAGUUGUUUUGCACAAUGUGGUCUUCCGGUAAUCUCUGAUGAAAACAGCUACAUCCUGAAGUUCUGAUUUGCCUGCAUUGUGGGUUAUGCAUCUGAGCCAAACUGCAGACCUAUAGGUGAGGGCUUGUUUUUCCCUCUAAUUGUGCAGAUCGCUGGGGCCCUCACAGCUGUAAUUUGCCUUUCAUCCACUUUAGUGACAGCCCAAAGAAAACACAAAACAAACCCAACCAGAGAAAAAGGCGGGGAGAGGGGAACACCAGUGAUGAUCUUACAAUCAGCAGGGAAAGGAAUCGCCUUAUAUAAAUAAAUUAGUAGCUGGGAAUAGUGUAGGAUUUAAUUAAGCCAAACAUAGAUCAGGUGCACAGAGUAUUUAUAGAGGUCAGAUAUGAUCAGAAACCCACACCCUUAGGGUUCCUCAGGCCACAAGCCUGGGCCAGAGUACAUUUGCCCUGACUGCUUGGAGGUGUUGUUUGAACCCUAACCUAAACACUGAGAGACAAGAUUUGGGAAAUCGCCAACGUCAAAACCUUAUUUAGCAUGGUAUGGAAGAGUGGAGAAUCUAGGUGCUUCAGCACAACCAAGCAGAAGCCAUUCUUGCCCCAAGCCCAGUGGAUAAGAAACCUAGAAGCAUCUCCUCUAUUCUGUGUAAAACAGUUGUUGGCCUUUUCUGUCACUUACCUCCAAGAGCCCCCUAGAACUAAAGUCCUGUGGGCAUCGGACCAAGAAAUAGAAAAGACCAUUUGGAGAGUCAACAACAGAGGUAUGGAGGGAGGACUGAGUGUUACAUGAGAAAACCUCUUGGAGUUUCAUUUCUGCUUGAGAGCUUAUUGAUACUGAUGAUACACGGAGGUUGCUGGCGGGAGACUCUUAGGAUAGUAACUGGCUGGGUUUCUUUAACUCACAAGUUAAACAUGCUCAAAAAGUGCAGUAAUAAAGAAAAAGCAAAAGUUCAUUUCAUUGUUGACCAAUAUCAGCCUCUUCCCCAGAGGUAAGCACAAGGGAUAGUUUGAGGAAUGUGUUUCCAGGCCUUGUUUUAUACCUUUACAAACAUGUAUGUUCAUGUUGAGUUAUGUGGUUUGGUUAAGCUGGGGUUUAGUUUGGUUCGUUUGGUUUUGUGUAAAUGGUAGCAUAGCGUUUGCUUACUGUAUUGGUUGACUUGCUUCUUUUCAUUCGACAUCUUGAGGGUAAUUCCGUACAUACCAAUGCUUCAACCCCAUCCUUUUUAUCUGCAGCAUAGCAUUCCAUAUUGUGUUGAUAUGCCAGGGUGUAUUAACUGCUCCAUUGCUGAUGAGUAUUCAGAUUGUUUCUAGGUUUUUUUUACUAUUAUAAACAAUACUGCGAUGAAUAUCCUUGAAAUUGCUUCUUUGGGCACACAUUUUUCAAAGGAUACAAUUUCUGGGUCAAACACAUACCUGUUUUCA